AUGGACAUUUUAAUUUGGAAUUGUUCUAUUUCGAUGAGUCUUGAAGCUUUCCACUUAGUGAAUGUGCCUCUUUCUGUGGUCAGCAUUCUUAUGGACAUCUUUUUUGUCUUCUGUAUGGUCUUUCCACAGCAGGGACAACCACAAAUGAAACAACCGCUUAAUGUUUUAGUGGGAUCUCUUGUUGGGUGCAAUACUGCUCUUCAUUUUUGCGUUCUGUUGUUUGUCAUCAGUGGCUUUACCUACUCAUUGUCAGCAUACUUUGACAGUGUUGGUUUGUAUUAUUUUACAGCAGAGUGUUUGCUGUUUACCAUGAGGACCAGUGUCACCUCGUACCUCUGGCUGAAUGUGUUCUACUACUGUCAGAUUGUUCCAGCUAAACAUUCUUUGCUCAUCUUGCUGAGAAAAAAUAUCAGACUUUUUGUAUAUUCUGCUUUAAUCUUUGAUAAGUUCAUCUUUUUGUAUGGGGUCGCUACUUCUGUUGUGCGUUACUUGAUAAUUACCCCAUACACAACCACAUAUGAAGAAAAGAACGCAGUAAAACAUGCAGUUGGAGUUGAUUUUUGGUCAAGAUUAGUUUAUUUCUUGUUCAGUCUUUGUGUGAUGUUGACAUCAAGCUGUGCGACUGUUCUCUACCUGUGGAGACACAUGAAGAACAUGGAGGACAGCAGCAGAUCCUCUCCACAUCUUCAGUCACAGAUGAGGGUGACCAUCACAGGAAUCGUACAGAUUCUCCUUUACUUUCUCUGCUCAGUCUGGCUAAUAAUUGAUGAUAUUGCUUAUCAUCUUGCUAGUGCAGAUUUUGACUCAAAAGCACAUAUCAUUUGCACUGUUAUUACGUUGUACUCUUUUGGGACAAACAUUAACUUGGGUGUUGGACAGUCAAUAUUCCGGGAGCGGAUACUUCUCUUUUGGCAAUAA